GAUCGACAUGGCACUUUUGCUUCUAUAUUCUAUAUAACUACACGCUCACAGUAGGGAUAUGAAAAACACUAUCUACCUCUCCAACCACACAACCAUACUCCUCACCAACUCAUUUACAGCAUAUCCAUCCUACCAACUCUAUAUACUACGACACAACACACACAACCACCAAACAAAGCCGAAGGAACUCGCUCGCUACAUAAUUUUUUAUCUUAUUGUUUGCCUGCCUUUCUUUUUUCGCUUGCUUAUUCGCCUGCUCAGCCGCCCGCUCAGUGCGCCCCACCACAGUCAAGCCAAGCCAAGCCAAAGCAGGCAUCACAAGCCACGCAGACAACAAGCUAUAUGCUACCUAAAAGCUAUCUAAGCUAGCUACGCUACCUCUGGAACGGGCGAGGAAGGGAAAGAAACGGGAGGAAGGAAAAAGGAAAGAUGGGGGCCAAGGAAAAACGCU